AUGGGAAAGUCAAAUAAUGAUACCCAUCACAAGGGUAAAGAAAGAGAUAGAGAUAGAGAGAAGGAUAAAGAUAAAGAUAAAGAUAAGGAUAAGGAUAAAGAUAGAAAUAGGGAUUCAUCAUAUCCUCCACCAAUAGGUGGUCAAUCAAUGGAUCGUAUAGAUCUAAUGCCAUUGAAGAAACAACUAAGUACAGCAUUGAGUGAUAAGAUCGAUCUAUAUUGGGACUACAUCAAGAAGUUCCUCCAAGGCAAGCUGUCAAAGCGUGAACUCGACUACUUUGUAACCAACUACCUCACCGAAUCAAACC